GGAGUAUUUAGGCGCGGCCACUCUAAUUUCUCGCCGAGGAGACGCCAAGAAGUAUUUAUACCACCAUCCGGCGUCAUCCGUAGUGAAGCCAUCACGGCAGGGGCUAUCACUUUGGGUCCUUAGCUGGGGUUAGCUGUUGAAAAGGGCGCCAUGGCUUCUUCAGAACUCAAACGGCGGGGUUUUAGCUUGAGUAUCCCUACCUAUCGUCUUCUUUUGCCUUCCUAGCAACUCCAACACCACCAAAAUCGACGCGAUGCUGUUCGUCCUCCCCUUCCUGGCCGCCCUGGCCAACGGCGCCGCCAUCGCCCCCCGGCAGGGCGCUACGCAAGUCGUCCGGCUCAGCUCGGUCGAGAACGUCGCGGUCCGGUCCAACGGCCAGAUCCUCGCCACCAACAUGAACUCGGCGAACCUCUACUCGAUCGACCCCGUGGCCAAGACGUCCACCACCGCGCUCAGCGUCUCGGGCGCCACCGGCCUGUCGGGCAUCGGCGAGUACGCGCCCGACAUCUUCGCCGUCAUCGGCGGCAAGGGCAUCUACAAGGUCGACUUCACGUCGACGCCGCCCAAGUCGACGCUCAUCAAGACCAUCACGGAAGCCAACAACCUCAACGGCCUGGCCGUGUUCGACGAGUCGUCGGUGCUCGUGGCGGACGCGGGCAAGGGCGCCGUGUUCAAGCUGGACGUCAACACGGGCGACUACGCCAUCGUGCUGCAGGACGCGACCAUGGCGCCGUCGGGCGGCAUCCCCUUCGGCAUCGACGGCAUCAAGUACCGCGACGGCACCGUCUGGUACACCAACAUCUUCCGCAACAGCUUCCACAAGGUCGCCGUCGACCCGGCCACCGCCGAGGCCGUGGGCGCCUACGAGACGCUGUGGACCAACCUCAUGGGCGACGACCUCUGCUUCGGGCCCAACGGCAAGAUUUAUAUUGCCACCAACGGCCGGAACUCGCUGGUCGAGGUCGACCCGGCCGUCGGCACGCCCACUAGCAUCGGCACCAUAACGGGCUCGACGUCGUGUGCCUUUGGGCGCGCCGAGGGCGAUCAGAAUGUGGCCUACGUCGGGGCCGGUCAGGGUGUGUUUGCUGUCACGAUCAAGGCGUAGGUGUUGGGAGAGAUGGCAAAGGUAAGGCAAGGAAGAGCGGGACGGGCGGUUGGGUAUAAAACGAGAUAAUGCGACCGGUUGCAAAAUCUAAAAGCUGCUGGGACAACGAUGCGCUUAUCCCUCUGCCCCAUUCCGGGUCCGGGUCGUGAUACAAAAGGAGAAUACAAC